GUCAGCCAAUAGUCUUUUUUUCUUCUUCAGAAGUGAGUUUUAAAACAGGAAUGUAAAUCCUCUGGGGAUUAAAGCAGACUUGUACUCAUCACGACACAUGUUGCUACGAACUGCAGCCAGGUCUGGCAAACGGUCUCAGAUCCGAGGAACAUUACUGAGCUACACAGGCGCUGGGCUGUAAUCACAUACGCGCAAUUUCACCACGGGAAUUAAAAAGACGGGCGAAAAGCCUUUUUUUUUUGAGUGGAUACAACAUUUACACCUAUUCCGCAGACACGGUCUCCUAAACUGGUAGCGUAGUUUUACUUAAAAAUUAUUGUCAGCGCCGGUGUCCUGUCUCCUCAGCGCAAUUAGGAUUAGUGUUAUACGAAUAACGAUAAACACGGAUUACUGGCAGAGGAAUGGAUAGGUUAUGUGCUACAUCACUGCCGCUUAUUAUACUUUAUUUCGUUAUAACUGGAGACUCCACUGUGAACGCUCUUAAAAUCCCCGCUGACUCAGACCUUAAGGGAAGAGAAGAUUGUCCAGACAACAACAUCGUGACUGUGGAAUAUCCCUGUGUCACAGCUGGAGGGGAAAAAAGCAUCUGUCUCAGGAGGAGGUGCUGUGAGGGGUACAGGUUUGUGAUGGGCAGGUGCAUCCCAGAAAGCGUGGACGUGUGUGCCCACUCGCCCUGCGAACAGCAGUGCACUGAUAACUUCGGGAGGGUGCUGUGCACCUGUUACCCUGGAUACCGAUUCGACAGAGAGCGCCAUCGGAACCACCAACACCCCUACUGCGUUGAUGUGGACGAGUGUGAGGAGUCCAAUGGCACAGUGUGCGAGCAGGAGUGUGAGAACACCGUGGGCAGCUUCCUGUGUCGCUGCCGCAGCGGCUACACCCUGGCGCCCGACCGCGGCUCCUGCUCCCCUCUGCACAACUUCAGCUCUGCCGGGAAGUCGGAGACUCUGAUGAGCGCUGGCUCCUGUUCGUUCACCUGCCAGGACUUCCUCAACAUGAAGCACAGCCUCCUGCAGCUCAAACAGAGGAUGCUGUCCCUCAGUCUGGCCAAUGACAGUGACAAGCCCCCUAAUAUCUGGAGUGGGAAAGGACCUGAGACCCAAAACCUGCCGGGAAACCCUGGACCUCCAGGCCCUGCUGGGCCCCCAGGACCACGGGGGGAGCCAGGAGGGACAGGGGAGCCUGGACUCAGGGGGCUGCCGGGCCCUCAGGGGCCUCGGGGGGACAUGGGCCCCAUGGGACCAGCUCCCAAUCUGGACCACAUCAAGAGGGGUCGACGAGGACCUGUGGGACCACCAGGGGCACCUGGCAGCAAUGGGCAGAAGGGUGAAAGAGGUUUACCCGGACCUAGAGGCCCUGCCGGUCCUCCAGGUUCCUUUGAUUUCCUCUUACUAAUGAUGGCGGAUAUCCGCAACGACAUCAUCGAGCUGCAGGAGAAAGUGUUUGGCAAAAGGCAGGGCAUCACACUGGAGUCCACAACCCCCUCCAGCAAAGAGGAGGAUUUCAAUGAGUGGGGGUCAGGUCACAGUGAGCAUUCUUUCAGCACAUCACCCCCAUGAAGGACAUGCACCUCCUAGAGGAACACCACCAGCAAAACAAUUAAACCAAAUGGCAUCAUUAAUUCUACUUUGUUUCCUUGUUAAUCUCUUCUACACAGAUGUCAUGUGAAAUGCUAUUUAGCAGGUUUAAUUUUGAGAUGUUACAGUAAAUGAAAAUUGCUUGAAAUUGAGUCACUAUGAUUAACAACUAAAUCAAGGCAUAUCCAAAAGAAGUCGCCACUUUCUGAAAUGUAGCUUUUGCCUUUUUAACCAAACAGGAUUCCAUAUGUCACAAAAUGUGGGAAUUUCCUUUUGCGCUGGCAGCAGGGAGUUGACUCAUGAGCAGACCUCACUCAAUCCUCUGGUGCUCUUUUUUGGCUCAUAAACAAAUUCAAGACAUUUCGUCUAAGGGUCCUGUUGAACAUUGCUGUUCUCACCCUUGCAGAGUGCACACUUGGCAGACAGAGUCCAUUAAGGGAAAAUCAGAAAAAAACCUUCCCUUUUCUUCAUAGAUGAUGGAUUUCUUCUUCACCUUUGGCAAGAGACCAAAGGUAGCCAGGGAUGCAGUUCCAGUUUCUCCACCAGGGAAACACCCCUGGGUUUGCUGUAGACCAACUGCUCUUCUAACGUAUAUGCUGAUUGAACUCAUAAUUAAGUUAUUUCCAAACUGAGAACAAAAGGAAGCAGGAAAACAAAAUGAAAAUUCCUGUACUUGAAAUAAUGAAUGUACCAUGUAGCAUACAGACAGCUGACAGACAGGACAGAUUGGCAGAGCUUUCUUCCCCAGAGACAAUUUCACAUCCCAUUUCAAGGAUAUUUCUGUAAAAGUUAAUUCUUCUCUACAGACAGCAAGAGCCAUUGCAAUUAGAUAAAACAGAAAUCCAAUCAAUAUUGUUCUACUUCUCCACACUUAAAUAAGCCUUUUUCUUGAAAAAAAGAACAUUUUGCCUGAAGCGAACAGCUUUGAUAGUCAUAGAUGAACAUGUAACAUCAUCUCCUCCUGAAAGUGGGAUUCCAGCACAAACUGCAAGACUAACAGGCCACCACCUGUGCAAGGCAGUGGGCCAUGCAGACUGCCAAUACCCAGACCUGCUUUCUCUCCCUCUCAUGUUCUGUCCUUGAGUCUCUCAGCAUUGUCAAUAUUCAGAAAAUGAUUUUUGUAAAAGGUUUCAAUUAGACUUCUUGGCAAUUUACAUUAAAUACCAAAUUAUUAAAUUGACCUACUUUCCCUGAUUUAAUAUUUGUCUUUUUCAGAAUCUAAAUAAAUUGUUGUUGUUUCUUUUAAUUCAGUAAUUCAGUGUUAAAGACUACAAGAUGUUCGUGGACUGCAAACACAAUAUCAGCACCUGCUAAUCAGCAAUAAUGGGUCACUAUUAAAUGAUCAAUUCCUAUAAUGUAAAUAAUUCUAAAUAAAAAAUCUGUUGAAGACCA